AUGACGCGUACAAUCCCGCCGCUGCGUGUGCUGCUCCCGCGGCAUCCGCUGAUGGCGGAGCGCUGGUUACAGCUUCAGGCUCGGGUGCGCGUCGAGCCGCCUGCCGACGUGGUAGGUGGCGUUCGAGGUUGCUACAACUCCAAUCCGACCGCUGCUCUCGCUGCUUCCAAUGCUCUUACUGCUGCCGCUGCUGCCGCUGAGCCCGGUGCGUCCGCUGACCCGUCCGCUGUCUCUUUCGCGCCCGCUUUGGACACCGAAGCUGCUGCCGCCGCCGUUGCCGCCGAACGAGAACGCGGCAGUUUGGGGCGGAAUGACCGUCGAGCGAGGAGCGGCCGAAGCGCCAGCGGCACGCCCGCUUCGACCCCGAGAACGGACACGUCCAAACCGGGCACGCCCAAAACGGGCACGCCCAAAACUCCUAAAACGCCGAAGACGCCGAAGACGCCGUGGGCAACGUCGGAGAAUCUGACUCCGCGCAACAGAAGCGGCGGAAGUUUCGCGAGGCGCCUCUCGGCCAACGGCGCGCGGAAAUCCCUGGGCUUCACGCGGAGGUUCUUCGUGGGCGAGACGCUGGGGCAGGGCGGGUUUGGGCGCGUCGAUCUCUGCAGCGACAUGCUGGAUGGCGGCGGCGCCGGCGGCGGCGGGAAAGGCCGACGCGGCGCGCUGGCUGUGAAGACGAUUGAUAAGCUCGCGAUGUACGAGGGGUGCCUGCGGCCCGAGCAGAUGGCGGAGCGCCACGCGGCGUUGAAGCGCGAAGUGACGGUGCUGAAGCUGCUGUCGGGGCACCCGAAUAUUGUGCAGGUGAAGAAAGUGUACGACUCAAAAGCGAGCCUUCGAGUGGUCAUGGAGUAUUGCGAUGGCGGCACUUUAAAGGAUCGCCUCUUACAGUGCAUAGAGCAGCACCAGGCUGCCGAAUCAGCAAACGGGACUACUUCCUCCUUUCUAUCCCCAGGAAAGCUUGUUGGUUGGGAUAUCAAGAGCACUAUCAAGGGCAUAAGGGACGGAAUCACAGGAACGGUGGGUGGAGGGAACAAGAAUGUGGGACGUGUUUGGGCCGGGGGGAUGGAGGAGCAAGAUGCUGCUGAUAUUUUCCGCCAGCUUGUGACAGCGGUACACUACUGCCACUCGAAGAACGUGCUGCACCGCGAUAUAAAGCUCGAAAACGCUCUUCUGGUCUUGGGGGAAGACGAGGAGGGGAAAAACGAGUGGCAAGGGGGAGGCGAGAAGGGUGGGAAGGGAGGCCUCCUUACCAAUCCAUCUGGCACCAUCCCUACCUGCCACUCUGCCGACGACCCCCCUUCUUUUCGCCAACUUCCCUCCUCCCCCCUCCCUGCCACAGUCAAGCUAGCUGAUUUUGGCCUCGCUAUAGUGCUCUCGCCCAACAAACAGCAGGUGACUGGCAGGUGCGGCACGUCAGGGUACAUGGCCCCAGAAGUGGUCUUAGGUAAGAGUUACGGACUAAGUGCGGACGUAUGGAGCCUGGGAGUGGUGCUCCAUGCGCUUCUCUUUGGCGAGCUACCGGUGUACAAUCAAGAGAAGGACGUGGCCAAGUUCGGCGUACCUAGACCGAGCGGGAACAAGUGGAAAGCUGCUUCUCCUCUCGCGCUCGACCUGUACAAGCGGCUACUGCAGAUUGACCCGGCGAAUCGGAUCCCGCUCUCUGAUGCGCUCAAGCACCCAUGGUUCAACGCUUGCAGCAGCAGCAGCAGCAACAAUGGCAGCUCGGCUCGCAAUGGCACUAUUGCAGUGCCCACGAGUGGGGGGGCUGUGGCAUGCGACGAUGGGUCAACAACAGAACUGAAGGGUCAAUAG